GUGAUGGCUAACGUGAUCUGACGUGAACUAGCUUGCUGUCACAACUACAGUGACACCGGUACUGGUGAUCCACCUCCAGCUGCAAAACGUCCCUCCGGUGGUCUACGUCUUAUAGAGAGAAACUCUCAAACUAACCACCCACAGAGGGGUCCUGUCUGCCGGCUUGAAGCGCACUCACCGCCCCCCGGACUGUCCGCGGCUCUCGUCCUUUAAUCGGCCAGCCCCUCCAGCAGGACAGUGGCAGAGGCAGAGCCAGAGCCAUCAGGGACCAGACCAGCAGGCAGCAGGGCUCCAUGAGCGUGACGGGGCAGCAGCAGCAAGGGGGGGGCCUGCGUUCUCGCCGAAGCCUUGGCCGGGACAAGGACCCUGGGCAGGGCAUGGGCAUGGAGGCGGCCUGCUGGCUGGCCCCCGGAGUGCUGCGCAGGCUGAUCGAGCUGCCCUCACCCCCCCUGUCCCGACACCAGCUCAAGAGACUGGAGGAGCACAGGUACAGCAGUGCUGGACGCUCCCUGCUGGAGCCUCUGAUGCAGCGUUACUGGGAAUGGUUGGUGGGACGAGUCCCUUCCUGGAUUGCCCCCAACCUCAUCACCAUCAUCGGUCUGGCCACCAACGUCUUCACCACCCUCGUGCUCAUCUACUACUGCCCGACUGCCACUGAACAGGCUCCUCUCUGGGCGUACCUGCUCUGUGCUGUUGGUCUGUUUAUCUACCAGUCAUUGGACGCCAUUGACGGGAAGCAGGCCAGACGCACCAACAGCAGCUCUCCGCUGGGCGAGCUGUUUGACCACGGCUGUGACUCCCUCUCCACGGUGUUUGUGGUGUUAGGAACCAGCAUAGCAGUGCAGAUGGGCACCAACCCGGACUGGAUGUUCUUCUGCUGCUUCGCCGGGAUGUUUAUGUUCUACUGUGCCCAUUGGCAAACAUACGUGUCAGGAACGCUGCGCUUCGGCAUCAUCGAUGUGACUGAGGUGCAACUCUUCAUAAUAAUCAUGUAUUUGCUGGCCGCCGUGGGAGGAUCUGCUUUUUGGCAGUCUCUGAUUCCGAUCCUAAAUAUCCAGAUGAAAAUGGUUCCUGCCAUCUGCACUUUUUUAGGAGCCAUCUUCUCCUGCACCAAUUACUUCAGAGUCAUUUUUACGGGCGGUGUGGGCAAAAACGGAUCCACAAUAGCAGGAACCAGCGUCCUGUCUCCCGUCUUGCAUAUUGGUUCAGUUAUAAUUUUGGCGAUGAUGAUAUACAAGAAGUCUGCUGUCCAGCUCUUCGAGAAGCAUCCGUGUCUUUAUAUCCUGGCGUUCGGCUUCGUCUCAGCCAAAAUCACCAAUAAAUUAGUUGUCGCACAUAUGACAAAAAGUGAGAUGCAUCUCCACGAUUUAGCCUUCCUGGGACCAGGACUACUGUUCCUGGAUCAGUAUUUCAAUAGUUUUAUUGACGAGUACCUGGUGCUGUGGAUUGCAUUGAUCAUUUCAUUCUUUGACUUGGUGCGUUACUGUGUCAGUGUUUGCAACCAGAUUGCCUGCCAUCUUCACAUUUUUGUUUUCAAAAUCAAGCCUUGUUCAGUGCUCAGUUCAGCUCCUCACUGAGGACACGCCGGCCAUUACUGACUCUGUCCCUUCCUGUUAGUCGCGCUCAUCUUUUCUUCCCUCUGUUGUCCACGUAGAGAUGCAGAGGAUGACGUGGUGUAAAAGUAUGUGCUUCUGCCAACUGAAUGUGAGGACAAAUAAUAUAUAUUAAGAUACUGGAGUAUUACUGUCUUUGUUUCUUUUUCACCAGAGCAGAAUUAGAAUUUGUACCAGUUUGAUCUUCUGCCGCAGUAAUAACGAUUCUCCUUCUGACGAACUCAUGAGCGGAUGUUUCAGGAGCGUACAGGUGCUACUCAGUAUGUUCGAGGAGAGAAACUUCAAUGUUUUAACUGUAAGUGUGCAAAGAAAUGUAUAGGAAAUGAAUCAAACUCUUUGCUUUUCAUAAUUAUAAUUUUUGUAACAUUUGCAUAACUUUACCUUUUUGCUAUUGUAAAUACCAAACUGUUACAGUGUCUGUGCGUUUCUCUUGAGUUCCUGCUUUGACACAUUUAUAAAGCUUCAUGUAUGAUUUUAAAA